AAAAUGACGAAUACAAAUUUGGUGAACGUGGCUUAUGUCUUACUCACUGGAGUACGCUUCUUUGACAGCACGAAGGGAACUUCAGGUCCGUGCGCGCAGAGACAAAGGAAUGCUUCCUCCCUCCGUCCUCCGGCGUCCUUCCACCUACCGAUCUACCUCGGUACCCCGUUCGAAGGGGGUACAAGGAGCUACGAAGGACGACGCGAGGCAAGGCAAGGGAGACACGGUAGAAGAAGAAGGGUAUGGGAGGAGAAGAGGCACGCGGGAAGAAAGAAGAAUAAGAGGAGCGAACCAGAGGAGGAAUAGGCCAUUCCACUUAUACGCUGCUCGGAUUCAAUUAACUCUCCACCUUCUUCCCUCCUUCUUCAUCUCAUCGCACUGCCCGGCGUGCCUCUGCGCCCUGCCUUAUACAGGGUGUUCGUCUGCACGCGCACGUAUCACCGUGACCCUUGUCAAAAAUGUUCAUUGCACAACCUGGACACACCUUUGUCUCGUCCGAAGUGUUCCGGUGACAUCGUUGAUGAAACUUCGUGUCCUGAACUUGACGAGAAGAAUGCUGCGAAUGUUCGAUGAAGGGAUGCAGGAACUUUCUGGAAACUGGUUAACGACGUGGAAUGUUUCACGGAAGUAUGAGCAGAGCGAUCGGCACUCGACAAGAGCAAGGAUGAAGACUCAGGAUACGGUAGUUCGACGUCAACGGUCAGAGAAAUGGAUAUUCCCGCCAAUGAAUCGGUGUUGAAUUUCUGAACGUCGUUUAACUGGACGUUAUCCUUUCGCAUAAUCAAGCACGUGCAUGUCGUUGCCGAUACCGAUGCGCACGCUGACCGAUUAUCGUGCUAUAAAGCACGCAGUUCAGACGCCUAGUUUGACUUACGAUCGUAAUAAUAAUAAUGAGUUGCUUUAUUGCCACUAUAUAACAUCCAACCGUCACGACGACAAGUUGUCAAUUCUGCUGUCAUUGCAUGGCGAGUAACUAUGCAUGAGAUAAAGAGACAGUUAUUUGAAAUGUCCCAGCUACCUAUCACGAUACAGCCACACAUUAAACAAGUAAUUAAUAUAUUAAGAAUCAAACAGUUGCUGCCGUGUGAUCGAGUUCUAUGGAUGUGUUUCAUGUAUCUUAUCUUAAUUGUUUCAAUGAAAUGUGUUAAAGACGUUUUCUUUAAAUACAAUUUGUUCCUUAUCGUUAUUAGUUUCGUUUAUAUCUAUAUCUAUUCAUUCAUCAUUGUUAAGUAAUGUAAAAUUUAUCAAUUGUUUUGUUUUCUUUCGGCUUGUUUCACAUUCUUCCUUUCUGUAGAAUAAAGCGUGUAGAUUUGCUGGAAACUAGGAGUGGAGAUUCGCUUAAAAAAGCUAUAAAUGGCAUACAAAAAGGCUUAUGUAUUCAGUAAAAAUUAAAUUUUUUGUCGAUUCAUUCCUGAAAAGAACCCUGUGGGAAAAUUAUGCCGGGGGACAGACGAGCUUCGAUCAUUCGCGAUGAUCCAAAACCUCGUGGGCUUAAACAUCAUCCUCUCCUCGUGUGUUCGUUUGGCUUGAAAUCACUUGUCCCGUGCUUCGUGAAGAUUCACCCUAAGGGCCGAUUCACAAAGUCUCUGUAACAUCUUGUUAGAGCUUCCUCGUUCAAUCUUGUACAACGUAUAAACCAAAAUGUACUCCAAUCAACACAUUUAAAUAGCAUUUUACCUUACAAAGAAACCUGACACAAACGAAUCUGUAACUUGUUUCAAAUAAAUUAUUUUAUACAUAAACACGUGUUUCAACACGUUUGACAUAAUCUCGAUCCAUCGAUCGAAUUCGUUCUUGCAAGCAACGCGAUCGAGGCCCAGACUCCUUAUCGUAAUCACUUUUUUCUUCUUCGUUUUGCAGCGAAGAAUCACGUUACGCUCGAGCAACCCGGUGCAUUGACGCCGCUUUAUCGGAGAGGAAUAACGCAGUAGUCGGUCCUUGCUUAAUAAACAGAAGAAGUGAGCGCAUGCGAGGGUGCAGCUAUCGCUUGUUGCCACUAAUAUAUCAUAUGUACCCAUAAAUGUUCGCGCGGCUUGGAACACUGAAUAAUGCUAUAUCCAAUUUCCUUUACAGGGCAUUUGAGUUAAUGGAACGAUAAAUUCCCAGGACGAAUGCCUGAAAUUCUAUUACCUUCGGAUACCUUGUCAGUCUUCGACGCAACACUCCUCCGAAACCUGUACAUAUAUAUCCGUGUAAAAGUACUUGUAUGUGCAUUUAGAUUCUUUAGAGUGCAUUUAGGUUCUUAGUUCUUCGUUAAGCGGAUCAGAAGAUUUCGUAUAUACGUUACCAGGCCAAACCAGGUGUCUCUAUGAAAUCAUAAAUUCGACGAUUGUCGGCGGCAUCGGAGGCAGGAGUCUCUCUGUGGCGGUCUUGUCGCGCUUGUCGGGAGAUGAGAACGGUGCCUUAAGGCUCGCAACCUCUCCUCGAGACGAGAUCUCUCUCCUCUCUCUCUCUUUGGUUUCCCACGAGAACCACCGCCGCCGCCGCCUUCUGGAAUGUCGCUCUCCCCUUCUCCUUCUGUUCUGCUCCUCCACCGUCUCCUCCUCCUUCACCUCCUCCGAUACGACCGCCACCACCUCCUCCUCUUACGUUGCCCCAACGUUCCUCCUCGAGCCACCAUGUCCUCUCUCUCCUUCUAUCGUGUCGCUUACAACCCCGGCUCUUCCCAUUCUAUCUCUUUUACUUCUCUCCUCCUCCUCGUCUUUCCUUCCUUUCUCCCUUUUCGACUCUCCCUCGGUCUCUCCCUUGAUUCCCUCUCGAGAUUUAACGGGGUGCAUCGUGGUACACGCUAUAUCUGCCGAUGCGACUCGUGAUUAGGAGUGCAUAUGGGAAAAGAAGAACCUGCGAAGUUAAGGGGCCGUGUUUAAAAUAUUGGCGCGUUGAUCGUGGUCUAAGCAUUGUAGUCGUUCUCCUCCUCUGUUUCUUUUUUUCCGCCGCUGAUCCCUCACCAGGCAUGGGAAUUGCUAAAACAAACUAUCGUUGCAACACUCGGUUUAGUUUGAAAAUUUGGUUUAUUUCGUUUAUUCGCUAACACGGAGGAAUUAUUCUAAAUACGUAUACCGUUUGAAUUCUGUGUUUCUCCAUUAAAAAUGAAAAUUUGCGAUAUUAAAUAAAUAGUAAAAAUAAAUAAUAAUAAUUAAGAAAAUUGAUAAAAAGAAACAAUAGGAGGGAAAGCGUUGUAAUUGAACCGAUAAUUCCGAAAGUAUGACUCCAGUAAAUGUCAUGGUCGAUGUUAGAUUUCAUUUAUCCCUUCCAUUCCUCUCCACUUCGCCAAAUUUAUUGAUCCAUAAACAAGAAACUACGCGCGAAUCGCGGGAGAGUUAAACGUUGAGUAAGAUACGCACAAUGGUUUACGACCGUGAAUUCUUUAUAGCUCGCUGAUUAUAUAACUUUACGCGACAAAGACCUUUUGGUCCAUUGUGACAUUAUCUUGUUACUAUCAUUCAUCUAUAAACGUUCGUGCUUGCUUUGUUGCCGUGUAUUUAUUGCACUAGGUGCAACAUUAGGAUUCCCUGUAGCAGGUUUAUACCAUGUGAAUUCACUGACCAAGAGCUUCAAUUCUUAAAACCUUUCAUUCUCCUUUCAUCUCUCAAUGAAACAUACACACACAAGUAUAUAAGCAUAUAAGUUUAUGUGAUAAAAUCAAUAUGAGAGUUAAAUACUUACUGAUCAUAUUAAUUAGAUAUUAUAACUUAGAUAUAUAUAAUUAUAAAAGUAUAUUUAUAAAAGCAUCUCUAUUGCUUAAGCAUAAAAAUAUAUCUAUUAGUAAAGUACGUUAAGAUAAGUUCGCCAAAGCUUAAAAAAUGUAAACAACAAUUUUAUAUGUAUUUCUUACCUAUUUUUCAAAGCGAA